AUGGAGCUGGUGCGCCGCGUGGGCAAGCGCAGCCCCCACGCCGGACACCUGGACCGGGCCCCUGAAGUCCCGUUGCCAGCUCUAGUCCCCCAGAGCUGGGACGGCUUCACCCGGAUGUGGCUCAGGGAUGGUCCCGCCUGUCCUGAGUCAGGGUUUCGUGACACUGAUGUGGCUGGGCACAAGCUUCUGUCCAUUGUUCUCGAGGCGAGCGGGGCUCCUGGCUCUGCCCUGCGAGUCGUGUCUGCAGACCUCGCUCUCCAGGGUGAGCUGCCUCUGCUGCAGCACGUCUGCCUGGCCGUGGCCAUGGCUGGGGCCCGCGCGUGGGGCCCUGUGCAGGCGCCCAGCCUCAGCCUGCGCCUGGGAUGCAGGCUCCUGAGCCCGGCCUCGGCUUUGGGUCUGCGUGAGAGCAAGCAGGCGGGCAGCCAUGACCCACCUUUGUGCCUCUCUCCUGUCCUUCCAGAGUCCAUCUACCGCCGGGGAGCCAGGAGAUGGAGGAAGCUGUACCAGGCCAACGGCCACCUCUUCCAGGCCAAGCGCUUUAACAGGAAGGCGUACUGCGGCCAGUGCAGUGAAAGGAUAUGGGGCCUCGCCAGGCAGGGCUACAGGUGCGUCCACUGCAAGCUGCUGGUCCAUAAGCGCUGCCACGGCCUCGUCCCGCUGACCUGCAGAAGGCUUAUGGAUUCUGUCAUGCCUUCCCAGGAGCCUCCAGUAGCUGAGAAGAGCGACGGCGUGGACCUUCCCUCAGAGGAGACCGAUGGAAUUGCGUACAUUUCUUCCUCCCGGAAGCACGAGGGCAUCAAAGACGAUUCGGAGGACCUGAAACCUGUCAUCGAUGGGGUCGACGGCAUCAAGAUCUCUCAGGGGCUCGGGCUGCAGGACUUCGACCUCAUCCGGGUCAUCGGGCGCGGCAGCUACGCCAAGGUCCUCCUGGUGCGGCUCAAGAAGAACGACCAGGUCUACGCCAUGAAGGUGGUCAAGAAGGAGCUGGUCCACGACGACGAGGAUAUCGACUGGGUGCAGACAGAGAAGCACGUGUUUGAGCAGGCAUCCAGCAACCCCUUCCUCGUCGGCUUACACUCCUGCUUCCAGACAACCAGCAGGUUGUUCCUGGUCAUAGAGUACGUCAACGGUGGGGACCUCAUGUUCCACAUGCAGAGACAGAGGAAGCUCCCGGAGGAACACGCCAGGUUCUACGCGGCUGAGAUCUGCAUUGCUCUCAACUUCUUGCAUGAGAGAGGGAUCAUCUACCGGGACCUGAAGCUGGACAAUGUGCUUCUGGACGCUGAUGGACACAUCAAGCUGACAGACUACGGCAUGUGCAAGGAAGGCCUGGGCCCUGGGGACACCACCAGCACUUUCUGCGGAACCCCAAAUUACAUCGCCCCGGAAAUCCUGCGGGGAGAGGAGUACGGGUUCAGCGUGGACUGGUGGGCGCUGGGCGUCCUCAUGUUCGAGAUGAUGGCCGGGCGCUCCCCCUUCGACAUCAUCACCGACAACCCUGACAUGAACACAGAGGACUACCUUUUCCAAGUUAUUCUGGAGAAGCCAAUCCGCAUCCCCCGGUUCCUCUCCGUCAAAGCCUCCCACGUCUUGAAAGGAUUCCUAAACAAGGACCCCAAGGAGAGGCUCGGCUGCCGGCCACAGACUGGCUUUUCGGACAUCAAGUCCCACGCCUUCUUCCGCAGCAUCGACUGGGACCUGCUAGAGAAGAAGCAGGCCCUGCCUCCCUUCCAGCCGCAGAUCACCGAUGACUACGGCCUGGACAAUUUCGACACGCAGUUCACCAGCGAGCCCGUGCAGCUGACCCCAGAUGAUGAGGACGUCAUAAAGAGGAUCGACCAGUCUGAGUUCGAAGGCUUCGAGUACAUCAACCCGCUUCUGCUGUCCACCGAGGAGUCCGUGUGAGGCCUCGUGCAUCUCUGCCGUGGACAUACCUGUGAAUGACCCCAUGACCUCAUCCUUCACCACAGCAUAUGCAUGCCAGGCUGGGCACGAGGCUCUGGGCAGCCAGGGAGGGACGCUGGCCCGAGACUGUGGAGGGAGAUAUCCCCUCAGGCGGGCGCCUCUGGGCAGAGCAGCCUCUUGCAUCUGGGCCUGGAGAGGCCGGCUUCGUGCUGGGGAAUGGCUUCUUGGACCUGCGUGGUGGGCCACCGCGGCACCACCCCGGCAGAGACUCGCCAUCUCGAAGGUGCACCUUUUCCACAGAAGCAGAACUCGAGGCACUGCGUGCUCCUCCAGGAGUUAGUGUUGUGUCCUGAGGAAUAAAAAUGUCCCGAUGGUGGCCAGCGUCCCUCUGAUGCCUUUUUUCCGAGUGGCACCUGCAGAUGCAGCCCAGAUGUGAGGAGGAGCCGAGCUUGGGAGCAGUCGGGAUGUGGGUGGGGACGGGGUCCAAGUGCCUGCAGGGGUACACUGCACAAGGAACCUUUGCCGAUUCGGAACGUUUUCUAGAUCCCGGUAAGUUCCUGCCGUGACAUUUACAAGCAUUCCCCCA